AUUAUCGAUAGAUAAUCGAUUAUCUAUUGAUAAGAAACACUAGCUGGAGCUCCUACUGCAGUCAAAAAGUGCAAUAUUUUAUUUCUGAUUUUAUUUACGGAAAGCAAUCAACAACUAUUCAGUGCCAGAAAAUCUAGUAUCUGCUUUAUUUUUUAUUUAACAUAUCAUUUAUCAUCAUUCCAAAGGAGCAUAUUCCGGAUACGUAAUGUAAAAUUAUUAUUUUAUAUAAACAAGAAAAUAGGUAUUCUAUAAUACAGUGUUUAUUUCAUUGAAAUUCAUUGUGAUAUUAACAUCGUAGUUGGUUGUUCUCAUUAUUUCGUAUAUGUCACGAGGGAUGACGACAUAUAGCAUCCAAAGCUCACAGUCUUUGUUUUUUCAAGUGGUUUAAUAUACCAUAUUGUACCAUUACAGACUCGAUGUUAAGAUUUCUACUAAUUGUUAGUGAAUUGAAAUCACCUGCGUAAGUAGUUUUUGAAAUAUACUUAAUUUAUAAAUAAAUUGAGGAUUUACACAAUGGUAAAAAGUUCUGAAUACUAACAGUGGUUGCUUGAGAAUGCAACGUUGGUUUUUCUUGGAAGACAAAAAAACACAGAAAAUUAAACCACCUAAGAAGAUGUCUGCUAAGGAAUCUGAACAAACAGUUGUUAUUCCUUCCCAAGAAUGGGCUUUUACUGUGUCUGUACCAAAUCUAGGUCCUAAAGAAAAGGUUUUUAUAACAGGAAGUAUACCUGAAUUAGGAGAAUGGGACUGUUCUAAAUUACUCCCAAUGGAGCUUGAUAACUCUUCUGAUUUAUGGAAUAAAUCAAUUAUUAUACCUAAUAUUGGGGAUGUAUAUUAUCGGUAUGCCAUAUGUCUAUUGAAUGAGAGUACAAAUGACAUCAUAGUUCGCUCCUGGGAAACCAACAUUCACCCCAGGGUAAUAAAGGAAAAUAUGCUACAUCCUAGCACAGACAUAUUUGGUGAAUAUGAUGGCAAACAAAGUGUCAGCACUGGUUGGUUAACUUCACAGACAUUGGUGCAAUUUAAAUUUUGUAACAACCCUUUAAAUUUGAAGAGUCGCUUAGCUGGGAGAUCAAUGAACAUAAAAGUGACUCCAGUGAAAUUAUCCUUUGGCAUGGAGUCUCAGUUAGACGAGUCAUCGUUGAGCACAGACACUAUGGACACUGAAAUGCCACCUGGAGUGUAUGUUGAAGUUGCAACACUAGACAAUAACCCUGAUGUGUGUCAUUUGAAGGCCCAAGACCAGUUUGGGAGAGAAUAUAAACCUAAUGAUGUGUUACUAGUGAAUGUCUUAGCACCGAACCCCAAAGCUCUUGCAUAUCUCAUUGAUUUCUACUCCUAUAGUAGUCGUGCUUGUUCUGAAGAUCCUCCUUGUCAUGUUGGUUACACCUAUGUGUUGCCAAAUAUGUUUAAACCAUCUGAGGGCAUGUUGGAUUUACCUGUGACAUGUAAUGUUAAGCAUAGACCUUUGGGAACCAUUUGCUUUGAAUACUUAAUAGUGUGUCCUAUGCAGGGAAAUCUGUGCAACCUGCAGGUUUCUUAUGCUAAAUAUUGGGAUCCAUCUUGGACAGGUCUAGAAGUAGGCCACCGGGGUUUAGGUGCCAGUUUCAAGACUAAAGAAGGAAAUGCUAUUCGUGAAAAUACAAUAGCUUCCCUAAAAAAGGCAGCUGCGAGUGGUGCAGACCUGCUAGAAUUUGAUGUUCAGCUAAGUAAAGAUAUGAUACCAGUUAUUUAUCAUGAUUAUUAUGUGUGUAUAUCUAUGAAAAGAAAGAAGGAAGUUGAAUUUACAGAAAUGUUAGAAUUACCUGUGAAGGAUUUGACUUUGGAACACCUCCAAAAACUUAAGGUUUAUCACUUAGUUGAAGGCCGAAACCACGAAAUCUUGUUUUUUGAUGAAGAUUUAGAAGAGCAUCAACCGUUUCCAACUUUAGAAGAUGUUCUUAAAAAUAUUGAUACACAUGUUGGUUUCAAUGUGGAAUUAAAGUGGACUAUGGAGAUGAAUGAUGGAACUUUCGAACUGAAUAAUCCUUUUGAUAUGAACACGUACGUCGAUAAGGUUUUAGAAGUGGUAUUAAAGCAUGCUGGAGAACGUCGCAUUGUAUUCUCCUGUUUCAACCCAGACAUCUGUACCAUGGUCAGAUACAAACAAAACAAAUAUCCCGUGAUGUUUUUAACAGUCGGUAUUACUGAAAAGUAUCAACCUUAUCGUGAUCCCCGGUGUUUGUCUAUACCAGCCGCAGUUCAAAGCGCGGUCAGUUCGGAUCUUCUAGGAAUUGUAGUACACACGGAAGAUUUACUUCGAGAUCCGUCCCAGGUGAAGCUGGCCACCGAUGCCGGGUUAGUCAUAUUUUGUUGGGGCGACGAUAAUAAUGACAAAAAUACAAUCAAGAAACUUAAAGAGAUGGGUCUCCAUGCUGUGAUAUACGAUAAACUGGAUCAGUACACGACCAAAGAAGUUAAGGAGAGCAUAUUCUUGGUGGAGGCACGUGAAUCACAACGAGAAAUUAUGCGACUGGCUGCGUUAGAAGAUCUAGUUCCCACCGAGAGUUCUUCUUCGACACACACUGCUGUCGAGCAAGGAAACCGACCGUUUCUUGACCUUUCCGUUCGUAAAAAAAUACAAGAACGAUCGACAGUAACAUCACUAGAAUCACUUGCUUCUUCUAUCGAUAUUAAAGAAUCACAAGUCAAAGAGCAAAAAAUGUCUUUUCGUGGAUUAUUUCCAGGAGGCGAUAGUUCCAAGGCUGUGCCCAAAAAGUCUCGUUUAGAUGAAAAUGUUUAGACAAAGCUACUUAUGCACAUGACACUAAUUGUAUUUGCUCAAAUUAUGCGUUACCGUAUUUUAUUUUUGUUGUUUAAUUCUUGCAUGUAGAUUUCCGAUAAUUGCAUUAAGCGUCAUUCGCGGGCGUCAAAAAUUUAAACGUCAUUGCCGCCAUAUUUUUACUUAAAAUUUUGAUUCCUCGCGCACCGUAGAACAAAGGUAGACAAUUAUAUGAUACAAAAAUAUUUACAAACUGUAUACCAAACAAAGACUUCACUAGGUGUACGUAGAAUUUAGUAAAAACUAACAGACUCGGCAGUACGGACAGAGUUUUUGACGCGCGUUUGUCUGAUCCCUAUAUCACCAACAUGUAUUUGCCUGAUGUUUUUCAUCAAAGGUUCGGGUUUUUUUUGCUAUUAGGUAAUGCCUUUCAUAUCUCUUUACAUAAUAAAUCAAAUAAAAUAAAAUAAAAUGAAUAUCCAGUAAAAAUGGAAAACUAUACCAUCACAUUAUUAUUUGUGGUUUUGCAAAAGUAUUAUAAAUAUAACUUCUUAGGCCACUACUACUAUAAUUAAACGUGUACUUGACACGCCUUUUGUUUAAAAAAAGUUACUAUUAUUAAAACACUUAUAUUUUUGGACACUAUACACGGUAAAAACUUUAAACAUGUUGAUGGAAUUUAUUGUAUAAAAAUAACCUAAUGAUUUAUAUUUUGUCAAACUUUAUUUUUACUUAAAUAUGUUUUAAAUUUGCUGUGAUUUUUAGUUAAUUCAUUAGUGCUGAGUAAACCUACUAACCUGAAUAAGUCGUUCAUAGGUUUACUUAGUAUUAUUAUAUUAGGAACAGUUUAAAAAUAUAUUAUUUUUAAAAAUUA